CGUCCGCCCGCUACGCCGCCGCCAUGUCGGCGCAGGCCCAGAUGCGCGCGAUGCUGGACCAGUUGAUGGGCACCUCCCGGGACGACUAAGAGGAUUUACCAAUGAACCCAUGUUUACAAGUCCACGAUAUUAUUUAGCUGAAAUGACUGGAUUUUCACUGCUGUGUUGGGCCAGAAGGCCCUGGUGGUGGCAACCGCCUGUGUGCCACUGAAAAUCGUGCCGAUGCCUGGCAUACUGCAUAAAUGGAAGCAGGGUACCGCGUUCAAUGUAUCUAUGCCUGCCUACUUCAGUCUGCAAGGGAGUGUCAGAAAGGCCCCGCAUUCGCCGAGCCGAGAUACUACUCGUCAACGAAUCAAAUUCAGUGAUGACAGAGUAUGCAAGAGUCACCUUCUGAAUUGUUGCCCCCAUGAUGUCCUGUCUGGAACUAGAAUGGAUCUUGGAGAAUGUCUGAAAGUCCAUGACCUGGCUUUAAGAGCAGAUUAUGAAAUUGCAUCCAAAGAACAAGAUUUUUUCUUUGAACUCGAUGCUAUGGAUCAUCUGCAGUCAUUCAUUGCAGAUUGUGAUCGAAGAACAGAAGUGGCUAAGAAAAGAUUAGCAGAAACUCAGGAAGAGAUUAGUGCUGAAGUUGCAGCAAAGGCAGAACGUGUUCAUGAGUUAAAUGAAGAAAUCGGUAAAUUGUUGGCUAAGGUGGAACAGCUAGGAGCUGAAGGGAAUGUGGAGGAAUCCCAGAAAGUAAUGGAUGAAGUAGAGAAAGCACGGGCAAAGAAAAGAGAAGCAGAGGAAGUUUAUCGGAAUUCUAUGCCAGCUUCCAGUUUCCAGCAGCAGAAACUUCGAGUCUGUGAAGUUUGCUCUGCCUAUUUAGGUCUUCAUGAUAAUGACAGACGACUGGCUGAUCAUUUUGGGGGUAAACUGCACCUGGGAUUUAUUGAAAUAAGAGAGAAGCUUGAAGAAUUAAAGAGAGUUGUAGCUGAGAAGCAGGAGAAAAGAAACCAGGAACGCCUGAAAAGAAGAGAAGAAAGGGAGAGAGAAGAAAGGGAGAAGCUGAGGAGGUCUCGAUCACAUAGCAAGAAUCCUAAAAGAUCCAGGUCCAGAGAGCAUCGCAGACAUAGGUCUCGCUCCAUGUCACGGGAACGGAAAAGGAGAACUCGAUCCAAAUCCCGGGAGAAACGCCAUCGCCACAGGUCCCGCUCCAGCAGCCGUAGUCGCAGCCGCAGCCACCAGAGAAGUGGGCACAGUUCUAGAGACAGGAGCAGAGAGCGAUCCAGGAGGAGGUACUGAGGUCCAUAGGAGGAUAUGGAACUACCUUUACAGUUUAGACUUGGAAUACUAGUGGUUUGAACUUGGCAUCUGCUAAUUUGUACACAUUUGUAUCCUCAAAAGAGAGAUUCAGAGAACAAGACUUAGCAUCACGUGACAGAGACAGGAAUUCAAGAGACAGAUCACCUCGUGACAGAGAUCGAAAAGAUAAGAAGCGGUCCUAUGAGAGCGCUAAUGGCAGAUCAGAAGACAGGAGGAGCUCUGAAGAGCGCGAAGCAGGGGAGAUAUAAUUAGCUGUGUACAUAUCCUCAAUCCUUAAGCUUCCUCUGGAGUUACAUACUAUUGUUUAGUUUACAGCUGUUCAGGGUGACACAGUGAGCAGUUCCAGACACCGAUCCAGCUAGGCUAGGUGUAUAGCAUCUAACUUGAUCUGAACUUGUUUUCUUUGAUGAAGCCUAAAACUACAUCCAUAGUUUCUGGUGAACUUGUAAUACACUUCUGAAAGUACAGUUUUAUAUAAUAAGAUGCUGAUGUCUUUAUUCUUUCUAGUAGGAGUGAUAGUGAAUGAACUGUGUUACUUGCCUUGGGAUUUUUUGAACAUUUGUAAAAUGCUGUCUUCCUUUCUCAUCCAAAAAACAGCAACUUUGGGAAUUUCUUUUUAAUCCUUCUUCCUUUGACUCUGUAUCCCCUGAUACCUCUACCCUCUAAUUGUAAGAGAGAGAAAGGGGUGCAGGGAAGCAAUAUAACUUCUGUUCUAAGGUUCUAUUCCCAUUAUUAAUUACUAGCUGAUUACAGUUCAGAACAUUUAUACUGGAAUGUGUGCUGGAGAAAUUUAAAAUACUGGGAGUUUUGUUUGUCUAACGGUGCCUAUUUUAGAGUGGGAAGUUGAACAGCUGUUGCAUUACAUGCUUUGCUUUUUUAUUGAAAUUUUGAAAUCAAACAUGUCUUGAUUUUUCUGUUCUAUUGAAUAGCUACGUUCCGGAUGUUUUGAGAUGGGGGGUGGGGGCAGGGACUCUUUCAUAAGCACUUCUUGUUUUAUUUUGUGUGUGUGAAGUAUAAAGAUUACACCCUUAUUGUAAAAAAUAAUAAAAUGAAAAUCACCACCACCAUCAUUAAACUGUAACUUGUCUAGUAAAUUGUCACUAGAACUACUUGCUGUGGCCAUUUCUAUUCUGUUACUAAUAGUGCCUUACUGUGCAAGGCACCAAAGGAAAUAAACAUAUACUUACAGAUUCAAGAUGAAUUGUUGCUCCACCUGGGCCCUUGCUGGCUAUAUUCCAGCUACUUCAGGACUGUCUGUAACAACCGCUGUAGAGAAGGACCAGACCUGCAGAAGAAAUUGAGUUUAUUUGUUUUGUUUUUCUUCACAUUGAGCAAAUUGAAAUAAAAACAUGGUGUAACCAGU